GAGACGCGGUUUUGUCUGACCACUGGAAGAGAAGCCACAAGGCCAGUCUGGAAGAUAUAUAUAUAUAUAGAGAGAGAGAGAGAGAGAGAGAGAGAGAGAGAGAGAGAGAGAGAGAGAGAGAGAGAGAGAGAGAGAGAGAGAGAGAGAGAGAGAGAGAGAGAGAGAGAGAGAGAGAGAGAGUGAGAGAGAGAGAGAGAGAGAGAGAGAGAGAGAGAGAGAGAGAGAGAGAGAGAGAGAGAGGAGUGCACAAUCAAGGAUCUAGCAUAUGAGAGUCUACAGGAACUAGACCAAG